AUGCCAACCCUCGCUUCUUCUGAGCUGUGUUUAGCGUCAGGCAUUGCCAACAAAAGCCGUGCAUAUAUACAGGACGAGCAAGGGGAGGAUCUCCCGAUAGGCCUCUUCAUAUAUAUCGAAUCUUCUUCCAAAGUGCUGUCGCACAUUGCGGGCAUCUUGAUCUCGGAGAAGCUGGGCUACCAUGUGGAGUACAAGCAUGAGUACGAGUCUAUAUAUGAAGCUGAGAGAUGGCUGUCGUGCAAAGAUCUGAAUUUUAGUGCUUGGGGGAAUUCACAGUGCAUCCUUGGCGAAAACCGAGUUCACAUAGCUUUGGACACAGGCUUUGGGCCACAGCCUUACGAGCAAGCCUUCACCCAGCCCUUCCGGGAAUUGGAAGAGUGCUGCCAGCGAAGUCCAAAGGAUUUGGGCUCCAUGGGGUAUCGCACUCGAUACGGCAUCUACAUGAAACGAUCGCUGGUAGAUGCUGCCUUGCAGGAUGGCUUUAUCCUGAACGUGUACGGCAGCUUCAACACGACGCAUCACGAUCCGAGGAAGUAUUUCGAUGGUAUUGACUCGUUGAAUAUCAGCGACUUCGACCCCUGCAACCGCUCGCUCAAUCGUUGGUUGCCUUCUCCUGACGAGCUAAACACUUACGUCAACUUGACUGGCGACGUAGACGGAGUCACGCAGGAUGCUGACCGAACGCCCACAGUUUGGUGCCCCGACGGCCACUUCUGGAUUGCACCCGCGUGCCGUCACAAUGUGACAAGCUGCAUUGCAGUAAUCACCUUGGAACAGCACCUCUUCCUUCUUGAAAUCAUGUACUGGUCGGCUCAUCAUUCCCUGCCUCUGGCCGUGGGAAGCUGCAUACGAGUGCACGAUUUCUUCGCGAAAAUGAGAGACGGGAACACCCUGUUCUACUGGUGGGAGCCGGAGCAAUACGAGUUUCAGGUAGACAAGGUUCCUCUGCUCUUUCCUAUGUAUAAUGCCAGUGAAUGGGCCAUGGGUAACCGGAGGUCAGAGGAGCCCCCGGCAUAUGUGGGAAAGCUGGUCAGCACGAACCUCCAGACCAAGGCAGCAAGAGUCCACACCUUGAUCGAGAGGUUUGCACUUGACAUUCGGAUGUUGGAGGAGCUGAACCAGCGGCUAGCUGAGGGCGGAAUCUCGCCCAGUGAUGGUCCCGGGGAAGGAAGCUCCGUGAUCCAUCGCGCGGCCUGCGAUUGGGUGCAAUCCAGCGAGUCGUUGUGGAGGACAUGGAUUCCCACGACGUGCGACGCGGGGUCAGGUCUUGCUGAUGUAGGUGGCCAAUUUCUUCUGAGUCGUGGCGACGAUGCGGUCGGUUGCAGCGUAUGUUCGUCUGGUCGCUUCUCGGAACCCCUUCUGGACGACGAGGGCUUCACGUACCGCUGUGCCACGUGUCGCCCGGGCACUUACCAGGAGUUUGCGAACCAAAUUAGCUGCAAUCUCUGUGCCUUGGGUCGCGUCGCCAAUCAGGCGGGCGCCACGGAAUGCGGCCUUUGUCCGCUGGGCACGUUUGCAGACCAGGAAGGUCUCACGGCCUGCGACAGCUGCGGGGACGAUAGCUGGACUACGAAGGAGCUGGUGGCGAGCCAUUUGGACGAGGGCAGCAAGGGCGACGGUUCUCGCCGGUGGAUCGAAGUGCGUGGGGCCACCUCCAAGGACGUCUGCGCAUGCACAGAAGGCCGCCACUUCUGGCAAGGCCAAUGCGAGUUGUGCCUGGAGGGCGCGACUUGUCUUGGACCUACGAACCUCACGCUCAACCCGGGCUUCUUCGCUUUCCCCGAGGAUCCCGGCAACGUUUUCCGCUGCUUCGGCAACUCGCAACGCUGCUCGGGUGGCCUUCCCGGCAGCUGCGCGGCAGGCCGCGACAACCGGAGCCUGGCAUGUGCUCAGUGCCUGCCGGGAUUCCAGCCGCAAGAGGACGGCCACUGCCGCGAAUGCGCUGUAGCGGACUUUGCCAUCGUCGUUGGCCUUUGCCUGCUGGGGGUUUUGAUUGUGGGCUGUCUGCAUGCUUCUCUAAUCGCAGAGGGGCAGUCAGCCGGCCAUGGCAGGCAGCAUGGGAGCUUGCUGAACGUGGCGUUGGGCUUCAACCAACUGGUGACCUUGGCUCAGGUGUUUGGCAUCAUGCGAAGGUUGCGGAUUCCGUGGGAGGAGCCUUUUUCGCUCUUGUUGAGGGCGUCGGAGUACCUAUCGUUGGAUGCGCUGGUGUAUUCAUUCAGCUCGAUUCAAUGCGUUCUCCCGACGUCGGCAGUGGAAGGGUACCUGGCCGCCGCGUCAUUGCUUCCGCUGACCUUCGUUUUGUCUUUGCUGCUUGUGCACUUCGCCUACGUUUGCUGGAUGCGAAGUGGUUUGCGCUUGGACUUGCUGGCGAAGACCGUCGGCUCGUUCUCUAUGCUGUUCUUAAUUUCAAUCCUGUCGUCAAUUCUUGAACCCUUCUAUUGCAACUCGCAUCCGAAUGGAGACAGGACCAUGCAAUCCCGAAAUGACGUGCUCUGUGAUUUCCGUGGUGAGCACCUGGAGAUAUGCAUGGUCGCCAUUGUGAUAUGUCAAGUUCCGAUUGCCUUCUUCGCCACCUGCGUUCGGAUUCUUUUUAUCGAUCUUCCGAAGCGCAUUCAAUCGGGCGACAUAGACUUUGUCAAUGCUUGUUCCUUCCUGAUUCUGCGAUGCCGCCCGGGGGUAGAGGUCUUCGCUGUUGUUGUCUUGACCCGGAACGUCCUCCUGACAUUUUCUCCUCUGAUCGCAUCCCAGGCUGGUAGUUUGCUGGUGCUCUGCAUAUCCCUCUACAGCACUUUCGGUGGGGUGGCAUUUUGGCAGCCGUGGCGGACGAAGCUGGCCACGUACACGGAUCUGGCGAUGCACGUCGGCUUGCUGCUGGUCUUGGACAUGGGAAAGUUCUAUACUCUCAGCGUCGAAGACGGCCACACUUUAAUGACCAUUUGUUUCGUAGCCAGCUGUAUCAUACUCGUUUGGGGUGUCCUGGUUGUGGUGUCGGCUGCGCGGCGCCGCUGCUCAAGGCAACGGCGCUUCCGCUUCGCCCUCAGCCACCACACGCCCGAGGCGGGGACGUUGGCACGUUUGCUGAAGCUCGAGCUGCAGCAAAGGCACAACUUGCGGACCUUUAUUGGCUCUGAUGAUCUGACGGAUCUGACGCAACAUUUCACCUGCAUCGCCCAGCACAUCGACACUCUGGUGGUCCUUGCAGGUCCGGUUUUCUUGCUGCAGAGGUGGUGUGUCGGUGAGGUGGUAACAGCUAAGGCUCACGGCGUUGAGGUUGUGCUUCUUUCGUUGCCUGGUUUUGUUAUGCCUGAUCGGCAGUUUGUUGAAGCCUACGAGACCUUGGUGCCGCGUGUGAAGGAGCUUGCUGUCCAUUCUAUAGCUCUUGAACAGAUUCAAGACACACUCAUAUGGUUGAAUUCUGUGGUACGCUUUGACGUGGUGGGCUGCGAUCCUGAGAUGCUUUCAGGCGCAGUCGGAUUGCUGGUCGGCAUAGACACUAGCAAUAUGAACCAGUCUGUUGUCCAAGCCAGCCGUUCCACAAGCGUUGAACGGACCACUUACCUCGUCCUAGCGGACACGACACGCAUGGAGGCACAGGCCGCAGCUUAUGCCCUCGACAUGAUGCUGGGUGCGAAGAUGUUAGAGCUGUCCUUCAAGGGAUCUCUACGUGUGAUGCGACCGGGGGAUACAGCCGACGUUAUGUCUGUCUCGGGCACCGCGCAGGCGUUGCUGCUCUGCACAGCCGGGUGUUUCGAGGUCCCGCAGGUGGCUCUCUGGCUCCUACAGCUGGGCCGGCUCCACUCCAGCUUCAUCCUGCCAGUUGUCGCAGAGGACUCCUUUCAGAUCCCUUCCCUCGAUUACAACAAGCUGGCGGGCCGUUCCCUCUCCGAGGGAUCGGAUGGCUUGGACGUAAAUCUCUACACCAGGGUCCUGGAGGCUGUCUUCCACGAGAUCUCGGUGCCCUUCAUGCCCAGGAGCUCCAACGAAAGGCAGCUUCAGCUUCAGGCGAAGAUCAUCGUCGAACGCCUCGCGGCGCAGGGCCGGGAGCCGCUGCAAUCGCGACCUUCCAUGACCGUCUCUCCAGGUACCAUCUUGGAGAGCACGGGCUUGGAAGAUGUGCUGAUGGUCGAUUUGAGCUUCACGGAUGGCUCCGAACCCACAAUUAACAUCUGA